AUGGAGUUCAGACGUCGCAAUUACAGUGCCGAGCUUGAAUUUCACGCCCUCCCUCGCGUACACGCCGCGUCUCAUCCUCUCUCUGCUUCACCUCCACCUCCACCACUCGCCCAGGUUGAUGUUGUAGAUCGUGGGAACAAUGAUUUCUUUGAUCCACUGAGAGGAAAUGAUAAUGAUGCAAAUGCUGCCCCUCCAGAUCAUGACAACCUGAAUGAAGCUGCUGAUCAUCAGCCAACGAAGGAGUGGACCUCUUUCAGGAGAUUACUAAUGCAGAGGUUUCCUGUCUCCAAGAUGGUUUCAGUUUCUACAAUGGUGAUUGUGGUACAUAUAGAAAGCAUGUCUUUUGGUGAGACUGGAGACGUUCUUAUUAGCUUUGAACGUUCUUAA